AUGCGCUCGCAUCAACUCUUUGUACGUGCUCAGUGCACGGUGCGGCUUUCUCGCAGACCAGCUCUGCAGCCAAGGAUAUGUUUGGCUCAAUUGUCCCCUAAGCGCUUCAACAGCAGUGCUGCGCAAAGCGAGCAACCGCCCCGUGUGGCCGUAAUUGGCUCCGGUCCGGCCGGCUUCUAUUCUGCUUACCGCUUGUUGGGCAAGCGGGAUGACAUACUGAUUGAUAUGUAUGAGAAGCUGCCAGUUCCAUUUGGUUUAUCGAGGUACGGUGUCGCCCCGGACCAUCCCGAGGUCAAGAAUUGCGAAGACAAAUUUGUGGAGGUAGCGUCAUCCUCAAACUUCAAUUUUAUCGGCAACAUUGAGGUUGGACACGAUUUACCACUCGCCGCACUUAAGCCUCAUUACGAUGCCAUAUUAUUCUCCUACGGAGCCACAAAGGAUAAGGAGCUUGGCAUUCCGGGAGAAGAUACUUUGGACAAUGUGCACGCAGCACGGGCUUUCGUUGGGUGGUACAAUGGCCAUCCUGAACACAGGGACCUUGAUCCGGACCUGAGCGGGGAGACUGCAGUGAUCGUCGGACAAGGGAACGUCGCACUUGACGUCGCUCGAAUUCUUCUUUCUGAUGUCAGCUCCCUCGCUAAAACCGAUAUUGCGGAGUAUGCUGUGGAAAAACUGUCGCAAAGUCGAAUCAAACGGGUGCACGUUGUUGGGCGUCGUGGACCCCUACAGGCUGCAUUCACCAUCAAGGAAGCACGUGAGAUGCUUCAGCUUCCAGGUGUCUCAUUUGAUCCGAUUCCCAAGGAUAUCUUCCCUCCAGACAGUGUUAUUUCGGGAUUGCCUCGGGCGCAAAAGCGCAUCAUGCAGCUCCUAGCCAAGGGAUCGAACAAUGAUCCCAAGACAUCACCUAAAUCAUGGUCGUUGGAUUUCUUGCUUGCGCCGGAAUCUCUGCAUGGGUCACCUGAACACCCAAACCAUAUCUCCCAUGUAAAGUUCUCCCGCAAUGAGCUUGAUCCCUCCGAUCCCCAUACUCCCAGCUCCAAGGUCUUGCCCAAGAAUCUGCCUACUGGUGAGCGGGACCAGAUCGACAUCCCCGCCAGUGUUUUCUUCCGUAGCGUGGGCUACAAAUCCCUCCCUGUUCCAGGGCUUGAGGAUCUCGGUGUUGACUUCGAUACGCAACGUGGGAUUCUUCCAAACGAUGGCUUCGGUCGUAUUACAAGCCUCACAAACAAGGGUAAGCCUGAAGAUCUUCCCGAUGGAUCCCUUAUCUCCCAGCUGCCCGGACUGUAUUGUGCCGGUUGGGUUAAGCGAGGGCCAACGGGAGUCAUUGCUUCGACAAUGACGGAUGCAUUCACCACUGCAGACAGCAUGGUGCAUGACUUAGCACAGAGUGGUGAUUCAAAGUCUCUUCUACAUCCACCCGGUCAAAGCAGUGGACUGGGGUGGGACGGCGUGAAGGCCGAGGCCCAGCGCCUUGGUUUGCACCCUACCUCCUGGGAGGACUGGCUGCAGAUUGAUAAGGAAGAAAAGAAGCGUGGUGAAGUCAUGGGCAAACCUCGAUCUAAACUCGAAUUUCCGGAUCGGUAUAUCUCUACCAAAUAA